AUGGCUGAAGAAAAUCAAGUCUUCGACUGCAACACUACUGACGCAUGGGAAGAGCAGCUCCGUAGGGGAAACGAGAACAAGAGACUGCUGGUGGUGGAUUUCACGGCUUGGUCUUAUGGACCUUGCCAGUUGAUCGCCCCAAUCUUGGCGGAGUUGGCUAAGAAGAACCCAGAAGUAACGUUCCUAAAGGUGUACGUGGAUGAACUGAAGACUGUUUCUGAAAAGUGGGGUGUGGAUGCAGUGCCUACCUUCCUCUUCCUCAAGGAAGGCAAGGUAGUGGACAAGGUUGUGGGUGCCAAGAAAGACGAGUUACGGACCAAAGUAGGGAAGCAUGCCGCUGUUACCUCCCCCGCUGAUGAUUCCUGUCCCACCAGUGAUACCUGCCCCACCGGUGCUACUGCUAUUGCUACUGCUACUUCUUCUGAGAGUGCUACUGCUACUUGUACUGCUACUGCUACUUCUACUGCUACUUCUACAGAUACUGCCUAACUUCUGUCAUUCUCUGUGGAGGAGACCGUGAAGCUCCUUUCUGUUUCACUAGUUGUUUAUAACUUUUAUGCGUUUCUUUUAAGACAUCUGAAUGCUUAUGUAUAUGGCUACCAGUUCCCAUAUGAUGCCUUAUGCCAAUUAUCUAUGAAUGUUUUUUUAUAUAAUUACAAUGCCAU